AUGACCUCUUUACCCUGUCCCCUUCCUGGCCGCGAUAACUCCAACGUUGUCUUCCCGGACCUCGCCCCCGCCCCGUCUGUAGUGGCUGCCUACCCGCUUGGCCUGUCCCCCGAAACCGCAGCUUCCCCCUAUUUGCCCUACUCCCAGCCCUAUGGCCAUCUCCUGUCCUUCUCUUACCCUGGGCCAGCCACCCCAGGAAACUCCUACCUGCCCAGCCAGCAACUCUCGGCGGCUCAGCCCUUCCACCGGCCAGCUGAACACCCGCAGCAACUGGAAGAAGAAUCAGAGGAACCGGUGCUGUCCCUGGAGCCCUGCCAGCAGCCCCUGACCAGACAGCUGUGCGGAUCUAGAACCAUCGACACCAGCCUGCAGCACACGCAGUACCCAGCCCUGCCCGAGAAGGCUCAGCUGGCGGCGCAUCUUGGACUCACCCAAACCCAGGUAAAGAUCUGAUUUCAGAAUAAAUGCUCCAAAUACAAAAAGCUCCUGAAGCAGAACUCUGAGGAGCAGGAAGAAGACUUCUCUGGGAGACACACUCCCCACCCCCCACCCCCACCCCCCUCGUCUCCCUGCUCUCCAAAUCUUCCUUCCAUCUGGGAUCUACUCAAGGCAGGCGCCCUGCCUGCCAGGGGCUUCGACAGUGCCUUCAGAGCCUGGUAUCAGCAUCGCCCCCCAGAUGUGCUGCUUCUGCCUUAGAUGAUAUGA